AUGGAUACGAUCAGCCGGGUCUUGUCUCGACCGCAAGCCAAGCCAUACAGGACCAGUGAACUUGACACGGAGAAUGUGCAGUUCGAUGAGCAAGGCCUGCUGAAGUUCUCUCCGGUCGAUGUCGAAAAUCCAAAAGAAUGGAGUCGAGGAAGGAAGUGGUUCAUCACCGCAAGCUGCGUCGCCCUGGUCACAAAUGGAAGCAUGGCCUCAUCCUCGCCUUCCGGCUGUCUACCGAGCAUCUCUGAAGACCUUGGUGUGUCGAUGGAGGUGGCUCGAUUGACCGUGACGCUCUUCGUCCUAGGCUUUUGCUCUGGUCCAGCAUUAUGGGCACCACUGAGCGAGUACUACGGACGGCGGAAGCUCUAUAUUGGGUGCUUCCUGGGUUAUACCGCAUUCACCUUUCUCUGCGCUUUCACGCCGAACAUUACUGGGCUGUUGAUCGGUCGCUUUCUCUGCGGAGUAUUCAUCGGUGGAGCGAUAUCGAACACACCUGGCAUCUUCGCGGAUCUAUGGGGACCCAUUGAGAGGAAUACGUGUAUGAUGUUGUUCACCUGCUCACUACAGAUGGGACCUUCGUUAGGGCCGGUCACAAGUGGUUUCUAUCAACUGAAGCUCGACUGGAGAUGGAACUUCUACCAACUACUAUGGCUCGCAGGCGGUUCUCUACUCCUACUGCCACUGAUCCCAGAGACACUACCUUCGCGAGCACUUCUCACGAAAGCUCGACGCAUCCGCAAAGCACAAGCACCAGGCUACGAAAGCGUACGAGCACCACUGGAAGUUGAAGAUCGAUCGCUACUGGAAAUCUUCAAAGUCACCCUGACACGACCCUGGGCUGUCCUGCUGGACCCGAUCGCCGCUAUGAUAGCGAUAUAUAUGACGCUUGUUUACACUUUGCUGUACAUGCUGUUCACUAUCUUCCCGAUUGCAUUCAUCGAGAUUCGGUGUUGGAAUGCAGGGGUUGGAGAGCUACCACUGCUGUCUGUUUGUGUUGGAUCGUUCGUUGCUGGAGCAUAUAUCUUUUGGGACUCUCUGCGGCAGCGAAAGAAUAUCGCUGCCGGACACCAACAUUGCGCCGAGGAUACCCUUCCCGUUGCAAUGACUGGAGCGGUCGCCUUUCCCAUUGGCAUCUUCCUCCUCGGCUGGAGCGGCGCCUACGCCAGCGUCCACUGGAUCGCCCCCUGUAUCGGUGGCGUCAUUGUAUCAUUUGCCAUCGCAGUCCUCUUCGUGGCCUCUCUGUCAUACCUUUCGGAGACGUAUCUGAUGUACGCAGCCUCCGCACAGGCUGGGAACCAAAUCAUGCGAUCCUCUGUAGCGGCAGCGGCUCCGCUCUUCACAUCACAGAUGUUCGCUGCACUUGGCAUGGGUGGCGGAGCAUCACUGAUCGGUGGCUUCGCUAUGGUCCUGAUGCCCAUACCACUUGUGUUUUACAAGUACGGCGCAAGAAUCAGGGUUAAGUCGAAGUUCGCACCGACUCAGGCAGGGCUUGGAAACAAGGAAGGUGAUGAUGAGGCGCAGGACACAGCUUCAGCGCGGAUAUUGGAGGGUGAGAUGCGUUCGCGAGGCGAUAGACAGGAAGAGAUCGAAGAGGCACGCUCGGACGCUGACAGUUGGAACGAUCGCUUCAACGACAAGGACGAGUUAGAACAGCGUGAGAGGUCUCCAGUAUAG